AUGAUAUCAUCCGAGGGUGACCGAUGCAGUGUGUCUGUGCCUGGGCGGCCUCUCCGCCGCAGUGAGUGCAGUAGCAGUAGCAGCAGUUAUCACAAUGCGAAUAAACAAAUUCAAUACAGUGAUGUUGCACCCGCCCCGCUGUUGCACCCGCGGCACAGUCGCAGGGGAACAGGAAUAGUGGCAACGCGGGGAAACUCACUAGACGGCGGUCCAUUCGAUACAACUAUCACAACAUACGAUCCUUUGAGCAAAUCACGGAACGGCCGUGUAGAGUACGAUGGGGAAAUCGCCCAGGCUGUGGUGAACACAGCACAACAGUUAGAGCAGGUAAGACGUCUGCGUCGUUUAACAUCAUCUUCUCUCAUGUCGGAUGCGGCGGUAGUUGGAGGUCAUGAUUAUCAUCGUAUGGAUAAUAAUCGUAGUGCUUCACAAUACACAGUGGGUGUUUGUUCAACUAAUGCUGCUGUACCGACUAUCAUGCCGCAAAAACGGAGUUCAUCUGGUGCUGAACUAAAACUGUCUACACUGACAGAGGAACCACCGUUGCUGCUGGCGUGUCAUCCAGAUCCCAAUAAUAGCAGUGAUCUUGCAUUAGUGCCAACAGAUGCACAACAAGGCCUCAUACGAAAGAGGGUACCACCGCGGUGUGGUGCUGUUGGCAGUGUUCGCUCUAGCACUCCCACUGGCAGUGGUGGUAUGUACCCGCGGCGGAGCACUGAGCCGGUGGUGUGGCAGUCCGAGCGCGCACUGCCGAAGAUCGCACAAGGCCGAAUGGCACCGCGCCGGCGAACUACACCCGGACGCAAAACUGUGGGCUGGCGAGAAGAAGGUGGUGUACCGCCUUUUCCAGGGCCUACACUGCAUUACAAACAGUUAACGGAAGCCUUUUACGGUAAUUACGGUGGUGGGUUGUUAGCACAGGAGGCGUAUCUGUACUUUAUGGCAGAUAUGAAUCGACGGCAUACGAACAGGAGUGGAAGUUACUCUCAUCGACACCGUCCACAGCGACGCCACCCAACUACACACCGGGGAACAAAGCAUGAUCCUGGUUUUCACCGCUUUGAAAGGGACGAAAGUUCCACGUGGUCUGAAUGUACAACCUCACAAUCAAAAUGGGUGUGA